AUGUGGGUUCAUUUUCUAUUUUGUUCUUUGUUCGUUGCAUUUUUACAAAGUUUUUGCUAUGCAAAUGACAAGAAAAUUGAGGUUGUUGGACUUGCAGAGUGUGCUGACUGCAAAGAGAGAAACAUCAAAUCCAGUCAAGCCUCUUCAGGGCUCCAUGUAACCAUAGAUUGCAAGCUCAAGAAUGGAGAAGUAAAAAGUUGGGGGAAAGGAAAAGUUGAUGAAGAAGGAAAAUUCAAAGUUUUAGUUCCUGAUAGGAUUCUGCAGGAAGGAAAGCUCAAGGAGGAAUGUUAUGCACAACUUCACAGUGCAUCUGCUGCAUGUCCAGUCCACAGUGGCCUAGAGGAAACCAUGAUUGUAGUUUUAAAAUCAAAAGCUGAUGGAAAUUACAGAUUGAAACCAAAGGGAAUUCUGAAAUUUUCAGCUGCAUUAUGCAAAUCUGAUUUCUAUUGGCCAUUUUGUCAUCCACACUUUCCUCCAUGGGGAGAUCACUUUGGCCAUCCAUGGUUUUUACCUCCAUUUCCACCAAUUUUUCACAAACCAUGCCCUCCCAUUUACAUGUCAAUGCCAUCUCCUCCACCUUCCCAGCCAAAACCACCAGCGCCAAGCCAGCCUCCUACUCAGCCACACAUAGAUCCACCACCACCACCACUUUACGAGCCACUUCCUCCUCCAAUUCCAAUCUACAAACCAAAGCCACCACCGGUAAAGCUGCCUCCUGCUCCAGUUCCAAUCGAUAAACCACCGGUUUACAAGCCACUUCCUCCACCAAUUCCAAUCUACAAACCGAAGCCACCACCUGUAAAGCCACUUCCUCCUCCAGUUCCAAUCGACAAACCACCGGUAAAACAGCCACUUCCUCCACCAAUUCCAAUUUACAAACCAAAGCCACCACCAGUAAAGCCAAUUCGUCCUCCAGCUCCAAUCUACAAACAGCCACUUCCUCCACCGAUUCCAAUCUACAAACCGAAGCCACCACCAGUAAAACCACUUCGGCCACCAGUUCCAAUCUGCAAACCACCAGGUCACCAGCCGCUUCCUCCACCAAUUCCAAUCUACAAACCUAAGCCACCAGUAAAGCCACUUCCCCCACCAAUUCCAAUACACAAACCACCAAUAAAGCCACUUCCUCCACCAGUUCCAAUAUACAAACCACCAAUAAAGCCAGUUCUGCCACCAGUUCCAAUAUACAAAUCACCAGUAAAGCCACUUCCUCCACAGGUUCCAAUCUACAAACCACCAGUAAAGAAACUACCGCCACGGGUUCCAAUUCACAAACCACCAGUAAAGCCAGUUCCACCACCAGUUCCAAUAUACAAUCCACCAGUUUACCAGCCACUUCCACCACUGGUUCCAAUUUACAAGCCAAUUCCACCAAUCUUCUGGAAACCCUGUCCUCCUUUCCCAUGGAUUCCUCCACAUUACGUCCACCACCCUAAGAUUGGAUGGUUCCCGUUUCCUCCUCUACCUCCUUUUAUUCCUCCUCCGUAG